AUGUACAAGAAGGCGCUCCACUCCUUCUUCUUGAAGGUGCACCCGGAUUUUUUUUACCACAACCGCAGCCAACAGUUGGUGAAUGAAAAUUCCGUGGCGCGUCUUAACGAGCUGUUGAGUUGGGCCAAGGCUUUCAAGGGUGGCACGCUGCGCCCGCCCCCGGCCACCUCCAUCACGUUGACGUUCUACAAGAAACCCGACGGCGACAUGGACGAUGAUUUACCGCGUGACACGCAGCACGGGGGCGCGCCACCCUCCUCCUUUGUCCAGCGCGGCUUUGCGGCGGAGACGACAUCGUCCUCGUCCCUGAUUGAAUCUACGUUUGAGCUUCCAGACAACUUCACGCCGAACGACGCCCACCGCGGCUCUGUGGAGCGGUCUGUGAACAAGUUUUUGCGGGACCUGCUGCGCCGUGCGGCAUGCAUCGACAGCGUCACAGACUCCAUCUCCACCGCGGAGGAUGCGACGGCGGAGCGGGCGGAGGUCAAACCGCUGCGGCGACGCCCUGGUCCACAUCGCCGCAAGGUGGAGAAGCCCAAGUCACUCCUGGAUGAGGCGACAGAGAGCAUGUCGCUGCAGUGGAGCGUCACCCCUGCACCCACGCUAGAUGAACUCAUGGAGGCCGAUCAAAUUCUCUUUGCACGUGAGCUUUCCCCGCUGCAAUCCGCCUCAGCGCUUCACACGCUGCGCCAACACCUCGGCGAGCUUCGCUACCCGGCAUGGGAGUCCAUGCCACUCAUCAUAUCGAAUGAAUUUAAUAUUGGUGAGAUAUCAGGGACAAUAACAAUUCCAUGGGACUUUACCCCACAGCAAUUUCUCGCCUUUUUGACACGGAACGAUGCGGCCGUCCUUCGCUGCCGUGAGACUGCCACACGUUUUGCCAAUGCAAUGGAACAACUUAUUGCUGAAAUUAGUAACGAACUAGAGCUGGACGAUGUCUUGAUUUCUUGCAGUCACAAGGAUGCCAUGGUGGUGUUGCAGCUGCUGCACCGCAAUAAGGAGCUCCUGCGAGGCUACGGCCUGACAAACCUCACGCUGGAAGUUGGAACUCGGCACGCCAUGCGGGCUAAUGGUGUGGUGAUCGUCAGCAGCGCUCUCACUGCGGAUGAGCUGCUCCCUUGGCUUAAAAAACUGCAACCCAAGCUUGCCCUGCAGAAACGACUUUACAAAAUUGCAAAGCAGCUUCUGGAGGCGACAAUGUGGCACCUAAAGGAGUUCCGGGCCAUUGCUGAGCCAGGCGGCAUUGACGCUUAUAAUAACGACUACACCUAUGCUCAGCGCUUGGAGUGGGCGAAGGAGCUGUUUCGCAUUGGUUCCUCGUUGGCGCCCUGGGACUGGAAAGACAUCACAUUUGUGCUUGCGCCGGACGUGGAUGUGGACUGGGCGAGAGGACUCAUUGCGCUUCCCCACAACUUCAACGGAGACGCUUUUGUGCGUUACGUGGAGGACGUUCAACACGAGGCCAAGCGACGCAAGCGGGAGGAGCUGCUGGAGGAGAGUGCGAUGCGGCGCCGGGAUGCUGAGGACAAGCGACAGCAGGAGCAUGACGAAGCGUUGAUGCUGAAGGAGGAGGAAACUGGCGAGGGCGGCGAAGCGGUAUCGCAGGAUGCAUUGCGUGAGAUGUACAGGCGAACAACACCGCACAUGGAGGAGUAUCUUGCGUCCAGCAGCCACCGCGUGGACCCGCUGUCGGUGGAGCGGCCACUAGUCCACGCCGUGACGUUUAACUCUGACGCCGAGGCGGAGGAUCAGCUGAAGUGGGAGGGCUUUUACGCGGACCCCUACGUCGAUCAGGUGCCCACCGGCGACCUUGACGACGUGGCCCACACCUUCAUGCUAACUAACCGCUGGCACCGCGAGGAGGCGGCGAAGAAAAUGCUUGAGACGCUGCGCAACACGUACGGGAAGAAAGGCCGCAGAUUUGACUAUCAAAAGAUGGGCGAUGUCUUGGAAAUUAACAACGCCAAGGUGCAGCCAAAGGGGUUUCCAACCCUCACGCGGGGCCUAAGGCCAACUUCAUAG